AUGGACACGUCCCCUUUGCAAGGUAUAUGGGGCCCUGUAACCUCGACCUUGGAUUGGUGUGAGGCCAAUUACCAGUUCUCGCCUUAUGUCGCUGAAGUUGCGAACACGUUCUCCAACUUGUUCACAAUUGGCAUUGCCCUCUAUGGCGCUCACCUCGUCUCCAAAGAAUCGCUCCCUUCGCGUUACCUUGUUGGCUUUGCUGGUGUUGCUCUUGUUGGCAUAGGCAGUUUCGCAUUCCAUGCGACUUUGCUGUAUCAAGCGCAGCUUGCGGACGAGUUGCCAAUGAUCUAUAUCUCCAGCUAUAACAUUUUUAUCCUGUUUGAAACCAAACGGGGAUUUACCCUCCAGUCAACCUCCAGUCAAAUCGCUUUGCUGGCAGCACUUCUCUUCGACAUUGCAUUUACACUGAGCUACUUUGCCUAUAGAAACCCAGUUUAUCACCAAAUAGUGUUUGCCUCCUUACUAUUUAUCGCGACUUAUAGGACGACAUACCUCCUUAGAUGGUCCGAGACUUCCAAAACAAUACCGAACAAGAAAAAAACCAUGUGCAAGCAACUUUAUUACACUGGAGCUGCCCUCUUUGCUUUCGGCUUUCUCAUCUGGAAUGUUGACAACAUCUUCUGCGACGCUCUUACACACUGGAAGAAAUCCCUUGGCUGGCCGGUCGCGUUCUUACUUGAAGGUCAUUCAUGGUGGCAUGCUUACACAGCAGCUGGGGCUUACUUCAUGCACACUGGAACAAUAUGUACGACUCUUUGUAUCAAGGACGACCAUCACAAAUACAGAGUCAAAUAUCAACUUGGCUUACCGCAUGUCCAACGCGUGCAUAAGACAAAACUGAACUAA